AUGAAGUUCGCCCCAGUUACAGUUGCGCUUUUGAGCGUUGCUGGUGUUGCAAUUGCGCAACCCCACAACCAUCAACACCGUCAUCCAGCUAGAGCGAAUAAGGUUGCACGCGGUGAUACUAUCGUCUCUGUGACAGAAGUCAUGCCAGGCCCUGUUGAGACAGUCUACAUGCUCAAUGGAAAGGAUAUCUCUUUGGCCGAGGUUCAAAAGGGAUUAGCUUCUGGCAAAUACAUUUUGGUUGGAGACGAUGUAAUUGCCGAUGCGCCAUCAGCUACUAACUGGUUCACCGGAUCAACUUCUGUCGCAUCCGCUACAAGUACAUCUAUCGCCACCACUUCUGCAGCUUCUACCAGCUCAAUCAUCAAGGCCACUGCGGAAUUUGUUGAGGUUUCUUCUUCAACUUCUGUCAAGGCAGUAUCAACGUCGAAAUCAAGCUCCGUUGCCUCCAAGGCCUCGACCAGCGCAGCAGCAGCUUCCCCGUCCAGCAGCUCCACUUACUCCAGCAGCUCCAGCAGCUCCGGCGACUGGGCCGACUUCCCAAGUGGCAAAAUCUCUUGUUCCACCUUCCCAUCUGAGUAUGGUCCAGUCGCUGUCGAUUACCUUGGUUUGGAUGGAUGGAUCGGUCUUCAAAGCACCCCUGGUUACACCAUCUCGGCUUCUGCAAUCGUCACCAUCAACACCCUCACAAGCGGCGGAUGUGUCAAGGGUAGUUUCUGUUCCUAUGCCUGCCCAGCUGGUUUCCAAAAAUCUCAAUGGCCUUCCGCACAAGGGAGCACUGGCGAAUCCAUCGGUGGUCUUUACUGCAAUUCUAACGGCAAGCUUGAAUUAUCUCGAUCUUCCGUUAAACAACUCUGUACCGCUGGAUCAGGAUCUGUCAAGGUUCAGAACAAGCUUGACAGCAUUGUCUCUGUCUGCCGUACUGAUUACCCUGGUCUCGAGGCUGAAACCGUUCCAUUGUCUACCUCCCCUGGCAACACUUAUAACUUGACUUGCCCAGAUGCCAGUGACUACUACUCAUGGGAAGGACUUCCAACUUCGGCACAAUACUACAUCAACCCAAAAGGAACUGAUACCGCUGAAGCAUGUGUUUGGGGAAGCACAGGUGGGAACGUUGGUAACUGGGCUCCUGUCAAUGCUGGUGUUGGUAAAGAUUCUUCUGGUACCACUUGGUUGUCAAUCAUCCCCAACACCCCAACCAAUACCUACGGAACCCUGGACUUCACCAUUACCAUUGAAGGUGAUGUCUCCGGAAAAUGUUCUUACUCAUCUGGAACAUACUACAACAAUGGUGUUGAGUCCUCAACUGGUUGCACCGUCUCCAUUACCUCGGGCGGUACCGCCACAUACGUCUUUUCAUAG